AUGGAGCGUAAAAUAAACAGAAGAGAAAAAGAAAAGGAGUAUGAAGGGAAACACAACAGCCUGGAAGAUGCUGACCAGGGAAAGAACUGCAAAUCCACCCUGAUGACCCUCAACGUUGGUGGAUACUUAUACAUUACUCAGAAACAAACACUGACCAAGUACCCAGACACUUUCCUUGAAGGUAUAGUAAAUGGAAAAAUCCUCUGCCCAUUUGAUGCUGAUGGUCAUUAUUUCAUAGACAGGGAUGGGCUCCUCUUCAGGCAUGUUCUAAACUUCCUACGAAAUGGAGAACUUCUACUGCCAGAAGGGUUUCGAGAAAAUCAACUUCUCGCACAAGAAGCAGAAUUCUUUCAGCUCAAGGGACUGGCGGAGGAAGUGAAGUCCAGGUGGGAAAAAGAACAGCUAACACCCAGGGAGACUACUUUCUUGGAAAUAACAGAUAACCAUGAUCGCUCACAAGGACUGAGAAUCUUCUGUAAUGCUCCUGAUUUCAUAUCAAAAAUAAAAUCUCGCAUUGUUCUGGUGUCCAAAAGCAGGCUGGAUGGCUUUCCAGAGGAGUUUUCAGUAUCGUCAAACAUCAUUCAAUUUAAAUACUUCAUAAAGUCUGAAAAUGGAACUCGACUUGUACUGAAGGAAGACAACACCUUUGUCUGCACCUUGGAAACUCUUAAGUUCGAGGCCAUAAUGAUGGCCUUAAAGUGUGGUUUUAGACUGCUGACCAGCCUGGAUUGCUCCAAAGGGUCGAUUGUUCACAGCGAUGCACUUCAUUUUAUCAAGUAA